AUGGCUUCAGCGCUUCCAUCCCUGCUCUUCUGCUUGGUGCUCCUUGUUUCACCUUACCUUGGCUGCUCCCACCACACCAUCUACACCCAUGGCGGAAAGCAUUACGCUGUCAGCUCCCUUCGCGGAGAGGACGACAACCAUGGGGCCCCGGUCCCUGCGCCGGAACCGUCACCACCCGGCGGCGGUGCCUGGGUCUCCAGGCCCGUCACAGGCGACCCGAAAGAAUCGCUGCCCGGGGCAUUCCAGUACCACGUCGUGGUUGGCUUCGGCACCCCGGCGCAGGUGGUCAAGGUGGGGUUCGACACCCGCACCACGGGGGCCACGCUGCUCAAGUGCACGCCGUGCGCCGCCACGGAGCCGUGCGACGAGGCCUUCGAGCCGUCGGCGUCGAACUCCCUCGCUCAGGUCCCCUGUGGCUCGCCGGACUGCCCGUUCCAUGGCUGCUCCGGACCCAGCUGCACUCUCAGCGUCAGCAUGAACAAUACUUUGCUGGGCAACGCAACCUUCGUGACAGAUAAGCUCACGCUGUCGGGGUACGCCACCCUGGACAAGUUCAGGUUCGCGUGCCUUGAGGCCGGCUUCACGCCGGGGGAUAACUCCACCGGCAUCCUCGACCUCAGCCGGAACAGCCACUCGCUGGCGUCCCGCGUCCCUACCUUUCCGGGCACGGUCGCCUUCUCCUACUGCCUUCCGUCGUCCGCACGUACCACGGGCUUCCUCAACCUCGGCGCCACCAAGCCGGAGCUCUCCGGGCGCAAGGUGAGCUACACCCCGCUGCGGAGCAACCCCGGCAACGGGAACCUCUACGUCGUGGACCUCGUCGGGGUGGGCCUCGGCGGCCAUGACCUCUCGGUCCCGCCUACCGCCGUCGCUGGCGACACGAUCGUCGACCUGCACAGGACCUUCACCUACCUGAGGCCCGAGGUGUACUCCGUCCUCCGCGACAGCUUCCGCCAGCGGAUGACGGGGUACAAGCCGGCGCCGCCGCUCGGCGAGCUCGACACGUGCUACGACUUCACCGGGCGGAACUUCUUCGCAGUGCCGGUCGUCACGCUCAAGCUCGACGCCGGGGCGGACGUCGACCUGUCCAUGAACGGGAUGAUGUACUUCCCCGACCCCGGCAACCACUUCGGCAUCGCGUGCCUCGCUUUCGCCGCGGCGCCUACGAACGCGCGGGAGGCAGCGGUGAUCGGGAGCAGGGCGCAGUCCAACAUGGAGGUGGCGUACGACGUGCGCGGAGGGAAGGUCGGGUUCGUCCCGUACCGCUGCUGA